UUUCGUCCAGUCCUCUGUCUCUGUUAAUUGGUCUGUGUAUUUCUACCCCCCUGUCUCUUUGUCGGAUCGUCUCUCUGUUUCGUUGAGUCCAAGUCGUUUGCGUGCGUGCGUGCGUGCGUGCGUGCGUGCGUGCGUGCGUGCGUGCGUGCGUGCGUGCGUGCGUGCGUGCGUGCGUGCGUGCGUGCGUGCGUGCGUGCGUGCGUGCGUGCGUGCGGUCAAGAAGAGUCUUGCGCAUGGGUCCUAUAUUUGUAACCCUGACAGUACGAUCCGACCACAAAUGGACCCAGCAGACUCUGAUUUCUCCAUGGAGAGGCUAGAAGAGGUGGAGUACACCCUCAGUAGACUCAACUCUGAGCUAGUGAAGUCCACUGACUUAGAGCGCCGGCUUGCUAUCUCCUUGAUGGAGAGGACUAUUUCCUCAAGGUCCUGGCUACUGAAGGUUCCAGGAAUGGCUACCCUGGCCGACCAGCUGUCAGGUCUGGGUAAGAGCCUUCAGUCCCUCCUUGGUCCCUCCAGUAAUCCAGUUUUUGAGGCUACUAGUCUCCCGCCUGACCCUGCCCCUCCAGCCCAUUGCCAGGGGCUUAGGGUGGGCGUGCUGCGCCUUCAGCCGGCCGCUCAGGUCCAGAACCCCAGCCUGAGGAGUUCCAGUUCCCCCCAGAACUCGCACUCAUCCAGGUCCCUCAGGCUCCCUCCAGGAGGAGACGUGGUGCCAAGCAUCGGCCAACACGGUCAUCCGACACCAUGCCUCCUGUGCCCAGCCCAGAGGCGCCCGCUCCUGUGCCCAGCCCAGCGACACCCGCUCCUGUGCCCAGCCCGCAGCCCAGUCGCCCGACGCCACGCCUGCAGCCCAGUCGCCCGAGCCGGCCCUGCCUCUGCCCAAGCCAUGUAUUCAUUAAGGCUCAAUUCCUUUUCAGAACCAGUGAAAAUCAAAAAGAUGUCGUAAAUGAACCAUUUAAACACAAGAAUGUUUCGUCUAAAAGGAUUGGUGUUAAAUAUGUGUCUAUCCUCCCAUAGGCCCAUAAAUACAUUUACGUAGUUGGGUGCAAAUGGAGAUCCCAUACUCGUCCCUUAAAUUUGUAGGUAGUACUUGUUAUUGAAGAUGAAAUAACUUGAUUUCAAAAUAAACUUUGUCAUCAUCAUUAACAGUU